AUGGGAAUUCUAGAGUGGAUAGUAGUGUUUUGGGUAUUGGGAUUUUCACUAGGAAAAGCCACCAUGUCUAUAGAUGGUGGUGGUCACAAAGAACAAGUCCAAAGGCAAUGUGGGUUUACAAGAUACCCUGACCACUGCCUUAAGACCUUGUCAGGGUUGGGAAACCAACAACCACAUUUUGAGGAUAUUGUGUCUGUUCUUGUUAACAAGACCAUAUCUGAGACCCAACUUCCAAUUUCAGACAUAUUUCCCAAUUUCACCUCUCAAUUUUAUGUCCGAGAAGACAAACAUGCCAAAUCUCAAACAGGUUAUUGCGAUGACCUAAUGUCGAUGUCGCUCAAACGGCUACAACAAUCGAUUGUGGCUCUCAAGGAGUCUCACAGGAAAAACAAGCAUGACAUCCAGACAUGGUUAAGUGCUGCCAUGACAUUCCAAGAAGCUUGUAAAGACUCCACCAAAGAAGGCCUCGAACUCUCGACCGAAGGCGACCUGCAGCUCGUCGCUCAUAUGGAUCAUCUCACACGGCUAGCAAGCAAUUCUCUGGCCCUUGCAAAUCGAAUUACUUGGAAGUCAAGCAAUUCAUCAACAAAUCGCCAUCUCAAUGAGGUACAAGAUUUUCCGAGCUGGGUAUCGGCGAAAGAUCGAAAAUUACUUCAAGCUCCUACCAUGAGGGCAAAUGCUGUGGUUGCUAAAGAUGGAACAGGAAAUUAUAUGACUGUCUUGGAAGCUAUACAGGCUGCUUCAGGGAAUAGGUUUGUGAUUUAUGUGAAGGCAGGAGUUUAUAGGGAGAAAAUCAAGACUAACAAAGAUGGGAUUACAUUGAUAGGAGAUGGAAAAUACGCAACGAUUAUCGUUAACGACGACAGUGUCAAUGGAGGUGCCUCCAUGCCUAGCUCUGCAACGUUUACGAUCACAGGAGACGGAUUCAUGGCGCGGGAUAUCGGAUUCCAGAACACAGCAGGUCCUGGUGGAGAACAAGCCUUAGCACUCUAUGUAUCUUCAGAUCAUUCAGUCUUUUACAGGUGCAGCAUUGUAGGAUACCAAGACACUCUCUAUGCGCUCGCCCUCCGGCAAUUCUAUCGAGAAUGUGACAUUUCCGGCACUAUUGACUUCAUCUUCGGUAACGCAGCUGUUGUUCUUCAGAACUGCAACAUUUUGUUUCGACGACCGCGUUCUGGAAGCUCCUACAAUGUCAUUCUGGCAAAUGGAAGGACUGAUCCUGGACAGAACACUGGAUUCUCUUUACAGAAUUGUAGAAUCGGAGCGAGUUCGGAGUUCAAUGCAGUGAAACACGGCUUCAGAUCUUAUUUAGGGAGACCAUGGAAAGAUUAUUCUAGAGCAAUUGUGAUGCAAUCUAACAUCGACGACAGUAUCGACUCGAGAGGGUGGGUUGAAUGGCCUGGAUCAGGAAGUGGAAUUUUGAAGACUCUGUAUUUUGCAGAGUACGCAAACACAGGGCCUGGUGGUGGGACUUCUGGGAGAGUGAACUGGCCUGGACAUCAUUUUCUUGGACCACCAGAUGCUGCGAAAUUUACGGUUCGGAAUUUUAUUGCUGGACACUUAUGGAUUCCUUCAACUGGUGUAACCUUCGAUUAAGAUCUCUAGUGAUUGAAAUGGUCAAGAUUAUAAGCAUAUAAGUUUGUUUUACUUUUACCUUUUACUUUUUGUUUCAAUUGGCUGUAUAGAUGGCUUGAAAAAAAUAAACCACAAAGGUGGUUGGUUAAAUGUUAAUUAUGAGUGUGUGUAG